AUGAGCAAUAACGUGAUAACCGGAGCAAAUGGUCGAUUAGAUGUUUAUGUGAGUAAAGCGAAGGACCUUCCAAAUCUAAGAAAGUUAGACAAGCAAGAUCCUUUCGUCAAGUUAAGAGUAGCUCAUCUUACGGAGAUAUCUCCAGUGAUAUACAGAGGCGGCCAAACUCCAAAAUUUGAUUACCAUUGUGUUUUUCAACUAACGCCCGAUAUCAAGCCUCUACUCUGCGUUGAACUGUACGAUGACCAUGAUCACAAACAUGGUUCGAAGCUCAUUGGGAAGUGCGAUGUUGAUCUUUUGCCUGCAUUACUAAGUGACCCUGAAGAAGGCCAUGAUAGGUGGUAUCAUCUGAAGAGGGGUCCUUUGGAAGCUGGUAAGGUGUAUAUUGAAUUGACUUUUGUUCCAAAUAACAUUAGCGAAGACAGACGCGACAAUGUUCCAAAAAUAAGUUCCAGUGUACAGUCCAGGUCAGUACCACCACUACCGUCAGAUCCACCGGAGUUACAUGCACAAUAUGAACUGCAGACAUCGGCAAGUGAGCAGCGGUUCGUUGCUUCCGCAUCCCCAGGCCAAUACGUUCACGGCUCUCAUAUAAAAUCUCCACUUCCUGAUCUACCUAUAAACCUCGAUACUUCUAGAUCAUCACACGCUUCAAGUGAAAGAAUAGAUUUUGAUUCAUCGAUGGGGUCUAAUGCUACAGCAAAUACCUAUCAUUCGCAACAAAGCCAAUCUACUGAUGGGCUGAUGGACAAGUUAAAGCUGAUCAAAGAAAAAUUGAAUUAUUUCAAGAACGGCUCCUCGGUACCAUCUACAGAGAGUAUCACCAACACUGCGAUGGAUUUGGAAGUCUUACAGAAAGUGGUAGGUGGCGGUCUCGAGAGUAGCUCAAGCUCAAGAAUACCAACGAACAUUGACGAGCCAUCGCCUAUGAAUCACCUUCCUACAAAAUCGUUUGUUGAACCGCCAUUACCACCUCUUCCGACUACGCCUUCAAGACUAUCCAGCCAAUCUUCAGUGAGACAUUCAGCCGGACAAAAAUAUCCGUUAAAAUCUCCUGUGAGACAACCUACUACUCCAAGGCUACCGAACUUGCCAAAUUCUUUUUCUUCGCCUUCUUCAAGAUCAGGCUCGGUUUCUCCAACAAGGAGGAGACCACCACCAUUAUAA